AUGUCAGCAAAAAUGUCAUCUCCCAUCCCGAGCCAGAGCCGAAGCUCAAGCCAGAUGCCAAGCCCAAUAGCCAAGGUCGACGACGCGGCCACCGUGACUGCAACUGCAAAUGGCAUGACAUCAUCUGACGGGGGCUCAUCGACCUACACAUCUGCGAGGCUGCUGUUCGACCUGAACCAAUUACAAGACAUGGAAUUGAGAUUGGGUUGGGCGCUGACCCGAAAGAGAGUCCAUUGCCCACAAAGAAGCGCGUUUGUCCAUUCUGGGGAGUUUGUAUGCUAUCUAAGAUUUGAUUUGAUUUGAUUAACCCUCCAGGUCAAAUUGAUUAGUAAUGAUUCACCUUUGUUAAUUCUUUCAGUUUUUCUUAUUAGGCAGCAGUAGUACUUGUGAUUUCAUAAUGGCUGUUGUUACUGAUAGAUUUCUAGACAUGGUAGGCUAUUCUUUGUUCAUAAACUCUCUUCAUUAGUGAAAUUUGG